GUCUGAGCAGCUAAAAAUGUUUCACAUGCUUAUUUUGUUCUGGUUGUGCUGCUGUCAUCUGAUUGGUGUGUUUGGUGCCGAAACAAAUGAAACACAGUCAGUGACGGAGGGAGAUUCUGUUACUCUACACACUGAUGUUACUCAAAUACAUAAAGAUGAUGAAAUAAUGUGGAAUUUUGAAGCUAAAAACACUCCGAUAGCUCAAAUAAACAGAGCCUCUGGAAUCUCAUAUAAUGAUGGGAUAUUCAGAGACAGACUGAAGCUGGACAAACAAACUGGAUCUCUGACCAUCACAAACAUCACAACUGAACAAGCUGGACUCUAUAAACUAGAGAUCAUUGCAGCUAAACUUUCAUCAAAAACAUUCAGUGUUUCUGUCUAUGCUCGUCUGUCUGUUCCUGUCAUCAGCAGUAAUUCUUCAAACUGUUCAUCUUCAUCAUCAUCAUCAUAUUGUUCAUUGUUGUGUUCAGUGGUGAAUGUGGGUCAUGUGACUCUCUCCUGGUACAAAGGAAACAGUUUAUUGUCCAACAUCAGUGUGUCUGAUCUCAGCAUCAGUCUCUCUCUACCUCUGGAGGUGGAAUAUCAGGAUAACAACACCUACAGCUGUGUGCUCAACAAUCCCAUCAGCAACCAGACCACACAUCUGGACAUCAGUCAACUCUGUCACACAUGUUCAGGUCCUCCAGAAGACUCUGUAUCUCUGAUAGUGUUGAUUGCUGCUGCUGCUGGAUCUCUGUUGAUUGUCGCUGCAGUCGGGAUCUUCAGCAUCUGCAGGAAACACAGCAAAACUGAUCAAGAAGUUGAGACUCCUGAAAAAGAGAUCACUUAUGCCGAGCCAACGUUCUACAAAAGAAACGCAUAUAAAUUGAAAGUUAAACAGGAGGAUCACGUAGAGUAUGGAACCAUCACCAUGAGAUGACCCACAUUUAACCUUUUCUAAAUACCAGGUUCAGCCGAGAGGAAAUCAUAGGACAGCAGGAUCACUCUGAUGGGGUUUGACGUGCUUACAGAUGGAAUAAUGAAAUGGCCUCCUAAGAAUGAUCUAUAUUAUAUGGCCCGUAUUGGAACGUUUUCAAUGUUUGACUUAAAAGUUGGCAUGAAAUGACCAUACCAUACGUGUAAAUACGAACACAGAUGCCUCAUCAAAAGGUGUUGUCUAUUUUAUUAUUUAUUUUCCUCUGUACAGAAAUGUGGGUUGAUUUGAUGAGUGUAUAAACAGCAUCUGCAUUAGCAUACUGCUGGACGUUUGUGGUUGAUUUCAGUCUGUGAGCGUGUGUCUGAGGUGUGAAAGAUGUGUGUGUGUCAGUAGCGUGUGGUUGAAGAGUAUUUUUUCCAUUCCUGCCCAUAUGCUGCCUUUAAUUAACACAUUUCUCACGCUUUCACGCCACAUUUUCCAUGCAGUGAAAAGCACCCUAAGUUGAAAAUGUAAUAAAAGGAUAUUGGCAAACAGAUUGGGUAAAUGCUCCAUUUGUGUUUGCACACUGGAGAACAUCAACUUUCUAUUUAAAACAUGUUUUUCUAUCGUUGAGCAAUGUAGCCAAUCACAGACAUAUCUAUUGAUUCUUGAACACCUCUGAUUGGCCAUUCUGUUCAAAUAAGUCAAACUUCACUCAUGGUUAAACGCCAGAUUUUUUUCUGCAA